AUGCCUAUCACCAAGUACAAGGCUGCCGCUGUCACCUCCGAGCCUGCGUGGUUCGACCUCGAGGGCAGCGUCCAGAAGACGAUUGAUUUCAUCAAUGAGGCAGGUCAAGCCGGCUGCAAGCUGGUCGCCUUCCCCGAAGUCUGGCUUCCUGGAUACCCCUACUGGAUGUGGAAGGUCACUUACCUCCAGAGUCUCCCGAUGCUCAAGAAGUACCGCGAGAACUCUCUCCGCGUUGACUCUGAGGAGAUGCGCCGCAUUCGCCGCGCCGCUCGUGACAACCAGAUCUUCGUCUCCCUGGGUUUCUCUGAGCUUGACCACGCCACUCUUUACCUUGCUCAGGUCCUCAUCGAUCCCACCGGAACCGUUAUCAACCACCGCCGCAAGAUCAAGCCCACCCACGUUGAGAAGCUCGUCUAUGGCGACGGCUCCGGCGACACCUUCAUGUCCGUAACCGAGACCGACAUCGGCCGCGUCGGCCAGCUUAACUGCUGGGAGAACAUGAACCCCUUCCUCAAGUCCCUCAACGUCUCCAUGGGUGAGCAAGUUCACGUCGCUGGCUGGCCCGUCUACCCUGGCAAGGAACGCCAGGUCGCCCCUGACCCGGCCACCAACUACGCCGACCCCGCUUCUGACCUCGUCACCCCGUCCUACGCCAUCGAGACCGGUACAUGGGUCCUCGCCCCCUUCCAGCGUCUUUCCGUCGAGGGCCUGAAGAAGAACACUCCCGAGGGUGUCGAGCCUGAGACGGAUCCCUCCGUCUACAAUGGUCACGCCCGUAUCUACAGGCCCGACGGCAGCCUGGUCACCAAGCCCGAGAAGGACUUUGAUGGUUUGAUGUUCGUUGAUAUCGACCUCAACGAGACUCACCUGACCAAGGUUCUCGCUGACUUUGCCGGUCAUUACAUGCGCCCUGACCUUAUCCGUCUUCUGGUUGACACCCGCCGCAAGGAGCUUGUCACCGAGGCUGAUCCUGAGGGCGGCAUCGCCUCGUACAGCACCUACCACCGCCUUGGCCUGGACCGCCCUCUGGAUUCCAAGCCCGAGCUGCACGAUCAGGAGCCUGUCCACAAGCGUGUCAGCAAAGAGCCUACUGCCAAGCCUGCCAAGAAGCUCUAG